GUCUAAAGUUUACACCAAAUAAGUCUUCUUUAAUUUUGCUCAAAACGGUGAACACUUGAAAAAGUUGGAAAUUUCCAUUUCCAUUUCUCUAUCCAAAUCUCCAUCUCUUUUCUCAAUAUAUUCCUCCAAAAAACCCACCAAUUUUCAUGCAUAAACACAGCUAAACCAAAUUCCCACUAAAAGAAAAAAUCUUCAGUUAAUUGCUUAUUGAUGGCGAUAAAGUGCAUUGCCAGGUUAAGGUCACGCCGGGUGGUUCAAGACCAACUGCAAACCCCCAAUGAAGUGGAGGCUGAGGGUGGUUGCUGCUGGGCUAACCUGCCUCAAGAAUUAUUAUGGGAAGUUCUUUUAAUGAUUGAAGAAACCGAAAGUAUUUGGCCUCAAAGGAAAAAUGUGGUGGCUUGUGCUGGUGUUUGCAGGAGUUGGAGGUUUAUUAUUCAACAGAUUGUUAAACUUCCUCAACUUUCUGGGAAAUUGACUUUCCCCAUCUCUGUUAAACAGCCUGGUCCAAAGGAUUCUCUCCUACAGUGCUUCAUAAAGAGAAACCGAUCUACCCAAACAUAUUACCUUUACCUUGGUUUAACUAAUUCAGCGCUAUCCGAUGGCGGGAAGUUCCUUCUUGCUGCUCGCAAGUGUAGACGUCCAACCUGCACAGAUUAUAUCAUCUCUUUACAGGCCGAGGAUUUCUCGAAGGGGACAAAUACUUAUGCUGGGAGAUUAAGAUCAAAUUUUUUAGGGACCAAGUUCACUGUCUUUGAUGGACAGUCUCCUCAAGCUGGUGCAAAGAUGGGUAAAAGUAGGUCCUCUAGGCUAGCAAAUUUGAGACAAGUUUCGCCUUCUAGCAACUACCCCAUGGCUCACAUUUCAUAUGAAUUGAAUUUGUUAGGUUCAAGGGGCCCAAGGAGAAUGCAGUGUAAUAUGAACACCAUCCCAGCAACUUCAAUAGCACCAGGAGGAUUAGACCCCACCACCCAAGCUGAGUUGAACCCAUAUCAAUCAACCCCAACUAGCUUUCUUUCGAAAUCAGCUAGCAUGGAGAAUUCUGUAUCUGAUCAAAAGAAUGGUGGACUAGUGUUGAUAAAUAAGGCUCCAAGGUGGCAUGAGCAACUCCAGUGUUGGUGCUUGAACUUCCAUGGACGAGUCACAAUUGCUUCAGUGAAAAACUUUCAGUUGGUGGCUUCACCAGAGAACGAACCGGGAGGGCCAGAACAUGAGAAGAUCAUCCUCCAGUUUGGGAAAGUGGGUAAGGAUUUAUUUACCAUGGAUUAUCGGUAUCCGAUCUCGGCAUUCCAAGCCUUUGCUAUCUGCCUCAGCAGCUUUGAGACUAGAAUUGCUUGUGAAUAAAAAUUAUGUAGGAGAUCAUGAACAGGGAUUGUAUUUAAUUACUUUAGAAAAAACGAGUAAACCCGUUUUCCAUUCCCAGCAUAACUUUUCAUCUGCUCUA